CCCGCCCCCUCCCGCGGCCGCGCGGCGUCGCCGUCCGGGUAUUUGAACGGCGCUUCCGCCAUUUUCCCUGUGCCGGGCACGGAGCGACGGACGGGGGGAGACGCCUCGGGAGAGACCCAGCAUGGCCGCCCAAGGAGAGCCCCAAGUGCAGUUUAAGCUUGUCCUGGUUGGUGAUGGUGGCACUGGUAAAACAACGUUUGUAAAACGUCAUUUGACUGGUGAAUUUGAAAAGAAGUAUGUAGCAACGCUGGGUGUUGAAGUUCAUCCCCUGGUGUUCCAUACUAACAGAGGCCCUAUUAAAUUUAAUGUAUGGGACACAGCUGGGCAGGAGAAGUUUGGUGGCCUGCGUGAUGGCUAUUACAUUCAAGCUCAGUGUGCCAUCAUAAUGUUUGAUGUAACAUCAAGAGUUACUUACAAGAAUGUACCUAAUUGGCACAGAGAUCUGGUACGAGUAUGUGAAAAUAUCCCUAUAGUGUUGUGUGGCAACAAAGUGGAUAUUAAGGACAGAAAAGUCAAGGCAAAAUCCAUUGUCUUCCAUAGGAAGAAGAAUCUCCAGUAUUAUGACAUUUCAGCUAAGAGUAACUACAACUUUGAGAAGCCUUUCCUGUGGCUUGCUAGAAAGCUAAUUGGAGAUCCUAACUUGGAGUUUGUGGCCAUGCCUGCGCUUGCACCACCUGAAGUUGUCAUGGACCCAGCACUGGCAGCACAGUAUGAGCAAGACUUACAGAUUGCUCAGACCACUGCACUGCCAGAUGAAGAUGAUGACCUGUGAGGGAUGAAGCUGGAGCCCAGCGUCAGAAGUCUAGUUUUAUAGGCAACUGUCCUGUGAUGUCAGUGGUGCAGCGUGUUUGCCACUUUAUUAUCUAGCUGAGCAGAACAUGUGCUUAAUCUUUGGGAUGCUGAAAGAGAUGAAUGGGCUUCGGAGUGAAUGUGGCAGUUUAAAAAAAAAAAAAAAAAAAAAAAAAAAAAACAAAAAUGAAAAAAAAACCCAAAACAAACUUCAUAUUUUGGACCUGCAUAUUUAGCUGUUUUAUGGACUGCAAUUACUUCCCCUUUUGAGUUUCAAAUAUAAGACUGCUGCAGUCACAUCAGAGUGUUAAGUGGAAAAUCCUGUUUCUGUCAUUCCCAUUCUUUUUUGUUUAGAUAAUAAAGUUGUAUUUCAAGUAUC